AUGUUUGAUUUCGACCUGAACGAGGCCCCUCCGGAGGAGGAUCUCGACGUGGCGACGGCGCGCGAGCCCUCGCCGCCGCCUCCCGAGGGUGAAGCCACGCGCGAUGGCAAUGACGGCAAGGCUGAAGCUUCGCCGCCUCCUAGCUGGGCGCCUGAGAUGCUAGACCUGGACGUCUCGGACGACGAGGACGAAGAGGCGGAGGAGGGGGAGAUCGAUCUGCACCCGCCUGCGGUCAAUGGGUCGUCCUCGCCAACACAAUCGCCGGCGACGAUGGCGAGAAGCUCCUCUCCUGCGCCCCAGGCCGAGGUGGCCGUCGCCCCACCCGUCGUCCAGGCCGGCGUCGACACGGCCACGGCCACGGCGCGUCCGUCCCCUUGCGCGGACGUGCAUGGCAGCACGGUUCCGUUUUCUCCGAGCCGUUCCGGCGCCGGGAGAACGUCGUCGUGGCCGAGCAGCGAGACGGAUCUGCCGCCGCCGCCUCCGCCACCGCCACCGCCUUCGACGCUUCCGGCGCGAUCGUCGUUGGGGUCAUCGCCAUCGCGCACUCACUCCAACGGGAGGACAAGCGACGCGUCUUCGUCGCUCUAUGAUCGGCGAAUCGACUGGGCAAACGGCAACUACGACCCCAAUGAGUUAUUCUCUGCGGGGAGGCGGCGGCGUACUCCGCCCGCGGCCUACCCGCAGCCCCGCCGUAACGACGGUAGCGGGAGAAGCCAUGGCGGGCCGGUGAUGCGCGGCCAGGACGCGCCGCCUCGAAGGUACACGCCAUACAACGACCAUGACCAGAGGGGAUACCGUGGCAACGAGAGGCCGCAGGGCUACCGCAUCUACCGCGGGGAUCGUGGCUACGAAACGCCGAAUUUUCGAGCGCAACGGCACUCGUUUUCUUCUUCCAACCAGCUGCUCGCAGGGCAGCGUGACAGGGAGGAGGACCAUCCGUACGUCGGGCGGCAGAUUCCGGCGCAAGAAGCUCAGAACGGCGGCUUUGGUCAUCACUACAGCAGGGAGCCGCCUCGUGGUCGUGGACACUUUCCUGCAGCUCAGCCUCGCCAUCCCCAUCCGUACGCGCGUGACGCCGGCGACUUUGAACAGGCCAACGCCGCAAACCACCAAGCCAGGCGCGAGCACCUGCCGAACCUCGACGAGGGGAACCACCAAGCCAGGCGCCAGCACAGGCCGAACCUCGACGACGGGAACCAACAAGCCAGGGGCGAGCACCGGCCGAACCUCGACGACGGAAACCGCCAUACCAGGCACAUGCACCGUUGCCCAAACCUCGACGACGGUAACCACCAAGCCGGGCGCGUGCACCGUUGCCCGAACCUCGACGACGGGAACCACCAAGCCAGGCGCAUGCACCGUUGCCCGAACCUCGACGACGGGAACCACCAAGCCAGGCGCGAGCACCGGCCGAACGGGCCCAAUGCCAGGCAGAACCCGAAUGGGAUACACGCCGGACCAGACCGUCGUCGCCUGUAUUAUGGAGAUGUGCACAGCAGCCAGUCGCCGUCGCCGUCGCCAAUUCCUUGA